AUGUCUAGAAUUACACCUCCCGUCACCAAGUUUACCCACGCGGUACGAAGUAUCAGUUCCAGUGCAAACGCAGGUCGUCCUUCUGGACUUUUGGACGCUCAAUCUCGAGCUUCACGUUAUUUACCCCGCAAUCUGAAGGAUCUCCGGGCAGAAUGCAAGAAGAGACAAUUGAAUCCCAUCGGCAACAAGAAUGAGUUGGUCGACAGACUUGCAGCUCACGAUAUCGUCGGCUCCCAAACCCAGGCAUUCCAUACAACUGGGAUGCAUAGACCCACCUCCACAGCAGUGCGAACCAUCCCCUUAAUGCAAGGUUUCCGAACCUCUGCCCCCAAACAAGCCUCCCGCGACAACUCCACCAUCGACUUCUUCUUCUUCCCCGAAGUUCCAGCAGAAGGUCCCGUAAAUCCCUUCCAGAAACUCCGCGUGCCUCUCCUCCCAGAUAACUACAACCCCGAUCGCUCGCCAGAAUCGGCUCAUGCUCUCGAGGCUCUCGAUGAAGCUGUGCCUAGACCGGAGAUCAGCAUCAUGGCUGCGCAUCCUGAGAAUGUGGCGCCGAGUGCGAUGAGCGAGGUGGUAGGUAAUGAUGGGCUAGAUCUUGAUAUCGGGCAGUUGACUUCGGCGUUCUCGACGCUUCUGCCCACGAGUUCGAAGGGAGAGUGUAAGGAACCUGGUGUUAUUAAGGAGCUGUGGAGCGGAUUGUUGGAUGAUAUUCUUGGUCCUAAGACUCCCAAGGCUGCUGUCUAG